CACGAGAAGAAGUUCAGCUGGUGCACAGUUCCGAAUUGUUGGACAAUGUUCACACGGUCUGCACAGGACAGUCGGGGGAAAACUUUGCUGGUUACCGAGUGUUCUCGGAUACUUUUGAAGCCGUUUAUGUCAACGAAUUUUUUAGCAUUCCGAGCGAUGCGCAUUGCUCGCAGCGGGAAGUGCCAUCGAGCUGGUCGAUGCAGUGUACCUGGGAACGUUAGAUAACGGUUUUGCGGCAAUACGGCCUCCAGGCCACCACGCUUCGUAUUCAGAAAGUAAUGGAUACUGUAUCUACAACAAUGUCGCUAUUGCUGCUAGACAUCUGACUGAAAAUCGCGGUGCAAAAAGGGUUCUAAUCGUAGACUGGGAUGUGCAUCACGGCCAGGGAACUCAACAAACAUUCUACGAAGACGAACGGGUCCUAUAUUUCUCGAUCCACACCUAUCGGAAUGGCCGGGAGUGGCCAUAUCUGCGGGAAGGCAAUUUCGAUCAGAUUGGCAGCGGAAAAGCUACUACUGCCCGUUGCUUUUGAGUACAACCCGGAGAUUAUUAUUGUGUCCGCUGGUUACGAUGCCGCUGUCGGCUGUCCGGAAGGACUUAUGAAAGUAACUCCGGCAGCGUACGGCCAUAUGACUCAUGCGUUAUCUUGCUUGGCCGGAGGAAAGUUGGCUGUCAUGCUGGAAGGUGGAUACUUUUUGGAAUCGUUGGCAGAAAGUGCCGUUUGUACGAUAGAAUCACUUCUUGGACUGCCACCAUGCCCUUUGCCAUCUUUGGGCGCACCCCAUCCUGUGGUGGCCACUGCUAUUUUGGAUGCUAUCAGUGUUUUGCGACCGUAUUGGAAAUCUUUGGCCUUUCAGGAAACCGAUAAAACGAAGACGCGUUCGCACCGUAUUACGUAUCCUGUGCAUACGCCUCGGAUCCUCUUCGACCCGCCAAAGGAGAUACCGGGUCAUAAUACAUGCUUUAGCUCAGCUCCGCUGCGCCCAGCGUCCGAAAUCGUCGAUCUGCGCUAUCAAGUGCGAGAACUUCGCGUGAUUUAUGAUGCCUUCCGAGCUGCAUUGCCGGUUAAUCGGUCGUGCUAUGUUUAUGAUGAGAUUAUGCUCAACCACAUCCCCGACACCCAUCUCCCGGAAGUGCCGGCACGGAUAUCCCGCAUUUAUAAUUAUUUAAAUAGGAAGCUUCUCCCGAAAUGUGUUCAUUUGCCGAGUCGGAACGUCACGGAAGCAGAGCUAAACUUGAUUCACGAGAAGAAUUUUACAAAAUUAAUUUUGGAGACGCCGGCUAAUUUUUAUCGCGAGGGAUCACGGCGAAUUAAUAAUAUGCACGUGAAGCUUAAGGACCGCUGGGCCAACGAUCUGGACGUUUCCCUGGGAACUCAACCGGCAACGCUGGUUGCGGCUGGAUCGUUGUUGAAUAUUGUGGAUGCGGUUGUACAAGGAAAGUGUCUCAAUGGAUACGCCAUUGUAAGACCCCCUGGCCACCAUGCCCACCACACCUACCCGGCGGGAUUUUGUUUCGCCAAUAAUGUUGCAAUCGCUGCGCAGCACGCCAUUGAAAAAUAUGGUUUAAAACGAAUUUUAAUUGUUGACUGGGACGUGCACCAUGGCGAUGGUGUACAGGAAUUGUUCUACAAAGACCCGAGAAUAUUGUACAUUUCUCUGCAUCGCGGGAAGGAGGAUUUCUAUCCACCCAGCCGGAAAGAUGUGGGUUAUGUCGGCGCGGAAAAGGGGUACGGGUUCAAUGUGAACAUUCCGUGGAGUCACAAGGGAAUGCACAAUGGGGAUUACGUCGCGGCGUUUCUCCAGCUGGUCAUGCCGCUGGCGUACGAGUUUUCGCCGGAAUUAGUUUUCGUAUGUUCCGGUUUCGACGCUGCUUUGAAUGACCCCUUGGGAGAGUGCUGUCUGACGGAAAUCGGAUACGAAACAAUGACCAAGAUGCUGUUGGCGCUGGCCGGCGGCCGCGUUAUUGUGGCACUGGAAGGCGGCUACAAUCUAGAGAUGCUAGAGAAGUGCUCGGAGAGCGUUAUGAAAGCCCUGAUGGGAUUCGCAUCAGCCGCUGAGCCGAUUAGCUUGUGUCCAUCCAGUCGUGCAGUGAAAGACAUUAAGGCUGCUGCGGACGCUCAUAUUUUCCCCAAGCAUAACUGGAAAUGCUUGCAGUAUCGCGUUACCCUCCUGGAACCGGUUGACCAAACGGAAGCGAAUCCCAAGCAACAAGACAAGAAGAAAAAAGAGAUUAAUCCCGGUGAUUUGGCCGAUGCGCUGCGGGAUGUUCAUUUGAAUUCGGGGGUUGGAGUUUAAAAGCCUUUGGGCAAGGCGCGCUGUGGCAGUUUUGAACUGCGUGAAUUCAAAAAAAUGCAAGUGUUAUUUUGUUGGUUUUAUCAUCGGUUUACGGUUAUUAUUACGGUUUACGGUUACUAUUGUUCCAGUUUUAAAGCAGCUCAGUUUGACGGCAGACGGUGGAUUUUGGUGUUGUUUUGUGAUUGUUGAGCUAUUUUUUGUUUAUACCAAUUGCUCAAGUUAUUUGCCAACGACAAAUUAAAAA